AUCACGGGCGCGACCGAGAGAGAUCCACCGUGGCUGUCCGGUGUGGUGACGCCGCGUGGCACCAUUGACUCUUCAUACUUGACUGCAUUGUUCGCUGACAAUCGUAACUACAUCCGGCUGCGCACUCGAUCAUACUCUGAAGAGGAUCUAGAUCGCGCCGGCGCACAUUAGUCAUCUUGCGGAGGAGCAAUCGCCGUGUGCUUGGAUCCCUCAGCCACAAUCAAACGCCAACCGCCACGUGUGUCACACCUGUGUCUCUUAAUAAAUGUCAUUAGGAUAUUUAUUUUCACACUUCUGUUAUGUGCAGGUGAAACAAUAAUGUUGACUAAUAUAAAAGGAUCUCAGUGUUUUAUAAACAUCAGUCAUAUCAAUUCUAUCACUGGAUAUCAAUCUAUUAUUUUAUUAUCGUCAAGUGGAGUCACUAAAAGAGUCUUGUAAAAAAUUAUGUUAUUAUCUUGACAAUAUAUACGAGGGAUUAGCUCCCACUAACAGUGAACGGAAGAGUCAUUUAAUAAUACGAUGUUUAUAUGGGGAAACAAUAAUUUGAAAUAUUAUUAAAUGUAUGAAUAACUAGAGGUCUUAGAGAAUUCACUUGAAUUCAUUGACCCACAUUUUCAUAGAUCGCGAUUACUUUUAAUCAGUGAUUUUAACAAGAUUAAGAAGUUUAGAAGAUAAAGUGACAUAUUAAUAUUACUAUCUAUAAAGUACCAGCAUAAUGGAUUCUUCAAGUACUGACGCCAGUAAAAUGUCUCUCUUGAAGCCGCAAGCACAGCAACUCAACAGCUCGCGUGUUGGACUGAUUCCUAAACCAGCAAGUAUCCGUAAAAUGAGUACAAUGCCUGAAGAAGAAAGUUCUGAAGAUUUCGACACAAGUAAUGCUCAUCAAAUUGCUGUUAUGAACUUGGGCCAACAUGAUAUUGAUUCUGAUUCUCCAAGUGAUCACGAACGUGAACGUGGAAGAUUAUUGAGUGCUGGGAGUCGAAGAAUUGUUAUUAAACCAGUUAGUACAGGAAGUAUUGGAUCAGGAAGUAAUGGAAAUGGUGGUAAAAAAAUUUAUUAUAGAACAGAUAGUUCAGAUAGCAUUCAUGAUAAAACAUCGAAAACAAAAGAAGAUGAAACAUUAUUAAGAAGAAAUGCAAGUCAAGGAUUAUAUCGCGAAAACUCGGUACAUGGAGGACGAAUAAGUAGAGGUGUUGAACUUUGCAGCAGUGGUCGUCAUAGAUAUCCAAGUAUGCGAUCUUUAAAGUCAAAUCAUACAGAUGAACAUCAUCAUCCUCCAGCAUCAAGUUGGGCGUCAAUUCCUUUUGCGGACACACCUCAAGGUCAAUCACCAGCUCGAGUACCUUUUCCGGAUUCCGUAUCAAUUCGUUCUCUUGCCUCAAUUGGUUUAGGAUCUUCUGAUGGCCGCAAAUUAACGAUCAGACGAGUUCCAACAUCUCCUUCCGAAUUACUCAAUAUGGUCCAUCCACCAACGCCAGUGGAUGAUGACUCGUCGACAUGUGAUAGUUAUGAUUACGGUAAUGCUGAUGAUUCAAGUGAUUAUCGUCAUCCAAAAAGACCUCAUUGGGCGAACAAGGCACAAUUUGUACUUGCGUGUAUUGGCUAUUCAGUAGGACUCGGUAAUGUCUGGAGAUUUCCGUACCUGUGUUACAACAGCGGUGGAGGAGUAUUCCUGAUUCCUUACUUUAUCAUUCUUGUGGUUUGUGGAUUUCCUCUGCUAUACAUGGAAUUAGCAAUUGGUCAAUUUACUCGUCGUGGUCCGAUUGGUGCUCUUGGCCAAAUUUGUCCUCUUUUUAAAGGUGCUGGUUUGUCAUCUGUGGUGAUAUCAUUCCUCCUGUCAACUUACCACAACGUGAUAAUAGCCUACGCAAUAUAUUAUUUAUUCACGGCUUUCAAAACCGAGCCGCCUUGGUCGAAUUGCAAUCAUUCCUGGAAUACACCUGCUUGCUGGCAUCCUGAGAACAACGAUAAUCGUAGUAGACCUAAUACAUCCCGGACACCUUCGGAGGAAUUUUUCGACAAGAAAGUACUGCAGAUAAGCUCUGGAAUUGAGGAGCCUGGAAUACUAAGAUGGGAGCUAGUCGCUUGCUUGAUAACAGCCUGGGUGAUGGUUUACUUCUCCAUAUGGAAAUCAAUCAAGUCUUCAGCACAAGUCAGAUACCUUACUGCUACACUUCCAUUCCUCCUUAUUUUUGGAUUUCUCUUACGGUCUCUGACACUUCCGGGUGCUGACAAAGGUCUUCAAUUCUUCUUUCGACCUCAAUGGGAACUUUUGGGUAAUGCCAAGGUCUGGGUUAACGCAGCUGCACAAAUAUUUAAUUCUUAUGGUAUUGCCUUUGGAUCAAUGAUAUGUUUUGCAAGUUACAAUAAAUUUCAUAACAAUAUUUUCAUCGAUACACUUGCAGUUUCAUUAAUAAAUGCACUUAGUUGUUUACUCGUUGGAAUAUUUGCUUUUGCUGUCAUUGGCAAUAUCGCGUUAGAGCAGAACACCACCGUCAAAGCGGUACUCUCUGAUGGACCGGGUCUGGUGUUUGUCGUGUACCCUCAGGCCUUGGCAAAAAUGCCCGCGUCCCAAUUAUGGGCUGUUUUAUUCUUCUUCAUGCUCGUUUGCCUUUCAUUGAAUAGUCAAUUUGCAGUUGUUGAGGUUGUAGUGACGUCAAUACAGGAUGGAUUUCCCAACUGGGUAAAGAAAAAUUUACUCUGUCACGAGAUGCUUGUUCUUAUCAUUUGCGCAGUAUCAUUUGUCUGUGGAUUACCUAAUGUGUCGCAGGGAGGAAUAUUUUUCUUUCAGCUAAUUGACCAUUAUGCCGCAUCCAUUUCAAUAAUGUUUCUAGCAUUUUUUGAAGUAAUAGCAAUCUCCUGGUUUUAUGGAGUACGUAGACUAUGCAGUAAUGUUUCAGAAAUGACUGGAAGGGUUCCAUCAAUGUAUAUUCAAUUUUGUUGGUUCAUAGCAGCACCACUUCUAAUUAUGGCUGUUUGGGUAUUUAGUUUAAUUGAUUAUCGACGUCCAACAUAUGGGAAUGGAGCUUAUCAAUAUCCAUGGUGGGCAGAAGCCAUUGGUUGGGGAAUAGCGUCCUUGUCUCUGAUCUGCAUUCCAGCAUUCGCUGUUUACGUACUCAUUAGAUCCGAGGGCAUUACUUUCACUGAGAAGCUUCGUAAUUCUAUUAGACCAUCUUUUGAAGCAUGUAAGAUGUGUAGACAAGAAUAUUGUACUCAACCAUUACACAACAUCGAAGACCAAGUUGUUAAACAACCACUCCAAGAAAUGAAUAGUCUGAUUCAGUCAGUUCCAGUAAAUUUUAUUGCUGAAAAGCCACAAACAUAACGUUAAUCAUAGUUUAGUUAUCUAAUGAAAUUUGAUUUUAUUAUAAAUAUUAUAUUGUAUUAUAAAUGAUAUGAAUAUUUUAAUAGAUCAUUAGAAGUGCCAAAUUAAUUUACGGCUGACCAAAGAAUGGCCAAUUAGAGAUUAAAAAUCAUCAGCCGAAUAGUUUCAGUAGAUUAUGUAUAUUAUUAUAUCAAUAUUUUAUUUGAAAUUUUUACAAAAAGUAAUUAUUCAAUUUCUUGAUGGCAUUAAAUUUAUUUUAAAUAAGAAAAAUAAUAAUAAAAAAUAAACUAUUUCUACUCAAUAAAAUAAACAGAGCCAUCGAACGACACAAAUAUUCUUGACAAUAAUAAAUGUAUUUAUGAUUGAUUAAGGAUAUUUAGAAAUAUCCUAUAGAAUUAUAGAAUAAAUAGAAAUCAAAUCAAUUGCCCAAUUUUUGAAAAAUAAUUAAAAAAAUUUAA